UGCGACCUCCGCGGAUACGACAAAACACGAGGACGAAGAAGAACGAUUCAUUUUCUGUUUACUUCUGAUUAAAACGUAAGUAGAGUAAAAGACGGUAAGAGCUGAGAUACGAGCUUAUGUCGUUGUGCUCGUUAUGUUUAUGAAACACACAGAUGCUGAGUCAAAAUACACUGAUGUUGCGCUGAAAUAAGACACGGAAAUGUCAGUUUUCCCUCAGCUUUCCAUGAACCCAGAAGUGCGAGAACAUCUUCGCAAUGUUUAUACAAACAACGAGCUGGUGUGUGAGUCUGAUCUGGUGUUUGAAGCUCUGCUGUCCUGUCUGUCUCAUCCGCCUCUGUUCACCUGUCUGAGAGCCAGCACACACCUGCACUCACUUCAGGACAUGCAGCACCGGCUCCAGCAACAUUUAGCACAGCAGGAAAGAUCUCCAUCAGUUUACACUCACCCACAGCUUCCAGAUGUUCUGCUGCUUCCAGUCCACGGCCCUCGGCCCGUGGAUCCGCUGGCCUCUGAAGUGAUCGUUGGCGCUCAGUGUGGUAAUGCUGUUCUUCGAGGAGCUCAUGUGUUCACGCCUGGCAUCCUCAGCACGCCAAAGUACAUGAAAGUGGGCGAGGUGGUGUCUGUUUUCUCUGAUGUGGAGGGCAAGUGCACACGCGGAGCCAAAGAGUUCAAGGGCAAGAAGGUGUUUCUGGGUAACGGGAUUUCUGAGGUGGAUCGCUCAGAAAUAUUCAGCUCAGAUGGACCCGGGAAGGGUGUUGCGAUUCGAAUGACUGAGCCUCUCUAUCAAAGCCCUUCCUUUGAUGGUGUUCUUACAGAUCAGCUCUUUCUACAGAACCUGCCGUCUGUGGUCGUGGGUCAUGCUUUAGGAGCUCGUCCAGGAGAGCGAAUCCUCGACAUGUGUGCCGCUCCUGGAGGAAAGACCACACACAUCGCUUCUCUCAUGGGAAACCAGGGUACUGUUGUGGCCUUGGAAAAAAUCCGAUCCAAAAUGGAAAAGAUCGUUCAGAACGCAAAGAUGCUGCAGUUGCACUGUAUUAAAGCAUAUUGCUGUAACAGUGUGCAUGCUGUGAGCUCAGAUCCCGCUCAAUGCAGUGCAGACGGUCCCCCGUAUCCUGAGGAGAGUUUUGACCGGAUAUUAUUAGACGCUCCCUGCAGUGGUUUGGGUCAAAGACCCAACAUGAGCUACAGCUGGAGUCUGAAAGAAGUCUGUUCCUACCAGCCUCUGCAGAGAAAACUCUUCACUACGGCUGUGCGUUUGUUAAAAAGAGGAGGUGUUUUGGUGUACAGCACCUGCACCGUGACGCUUGCGGAGAAUGAAGAGCAGGUCGCCUGGGCUCUCAAGACAUUCCCCUGUCUAACACUAGAGCCACAGGUGCCUGUUUUAGGAUCGGAGGGGAUGUCGGGAGCAGGUCUGACACGGGACCAGCGGCGGCUGCUACAGAGAUUUAGGCCAGAAUUAGCAUGGAGAGGAGCAGGUGUCCCACAUUCCCCCGAGAGCCUCCUACAAAACGCCAACGCAGAUACUAUCGGCUUUUUUAUUGCCAAGUUCAUAAAAAGAGACUCAUGAAGAACCAUCACAAAACAUACAAACAGUCACUGAUCCUCACGGAAACUACAGACCAGAAUAAGAUCCAGGAGGAUGUAAACUUUUAUAGUAACAGGAUUGUGUGUGCAAAUUCAGUUAUUUUUUCUUGUGC